ACAACAAAACAGCAUGGCAUGCUGCUCUCGUGGUGUCGUUGUCGUAAUUUUCGUUUAAUUUUUCACCGGAAAAGUGCCACCAUGGCCAGCGGGUCGCGAGUGAAACCAGUGGUAGUGAUCCUCGGGUCGACCGGGACCGGGAAAACGAAACUUUCGAUCGAACUGGCCCGCCGUUUCGGCGGGGAAAUCAUCAGUGCCGAUUCGAUGCAGGUGUAUCGGGAUCUGGACAUUGUGACGGCUAAAGCGACCCGGGAGGAGCAGUUGCAAGCUCCGCAUCAUCUGCUGGAUGUUGCUACGCCGGAUCAAGCCUUUACGGUGAUUCACUUCCGGGAGCUGGCGCUGCCAAUUAUCGACCGUCUGCUGGACAGCGACCGCGUCCCGAUAGUGGUCGGCGGUACCAACUACUACAUCGAAAGUGUCCUCUGGCGGGUGCUGAUCGGCGGUGGAAUCCGCGAGGAGCGCGGUAGACAGCGGCUGCUUCGCCGGGUUGUAAAUCAGCAGACGGCGGCGGCAGCGGGUGAUCACAAGAGACCAAAAUUUGCAACUGUCGGUGGUGAUGAACAACAACAACAACAAACUGAUGCCGAUGCGGGUUCAGGGGUACCGCCGCCGCGGUGCGUAGAAAAAUGCGACGAAAAAAACAAGGUAGAGGAUUAUGAUAACAGCGUGACGGAAGCGGCGGACGCGUCUGCGUCUGUGGUGGAAAGCGAAAGUGAGGGAGAGAAAAGUGAAACGAUACCGUCCGCUGAGGAGAAGAAAAAAGUGCGUGUGGUGGAAAGUGAAGACGAUCGGGGUGAUGUUGUUGUCGCUGUCAAGGUUGCUGAAGAUGAACUGAAAGCAAAUGAAGAAAUGGCAGCAGCAGCUGCUGCUGUUGAAGUGGAUAAGGUGUUGCUAAUGACGACCGAGCAAAUGGAGCAGCUGGAAUCGGCACCGUUGCACCGGGUGCUGCGUCGGAUUGAUCCGGUUACGGCUGAUCGAUUGCAUCCAAACAACAAGCGGAAGAUUAUCAGGGCCCUGGAAGUAUUCCAGCAGGAUGGUCAGCCGCUGAGUCGCCUGUUGGAGGAACAACGUAGCCAGGAAGGCGGCUGUAAUCUGGGUGGUCCACUGCGGUACCGUAAAGUGGUGAUAUUUUGGUUGCGCUGUGAACAGGAAACGCUCAACGCCCGGCUGGACGCUCGAGUGGAUGCGAUGGUCGCGCAAGGCCUACUGGCGGAGAUCCGUCUGUUCUACGAGCGCUACGUGAAGCCUUACGAGAACAAUGAUUUUCAUCGGGGCAUUCUGCAGAGUAUCGGUUUCAAAGAGUUUGUCGGCUACCUGGACAAGUACGACCGGGAGCAUGAUCGGCUCAUCACCGAGUAUAUGCAGCGGGAGCAGCAGCUGCAGGAGGAAACGGUUCCGCCGGAGGGUUUGGAACUGCUUCAAAAGUGCCUGGAUAAUUUGAAGCUGGUGACGCAACGGUACUCCAAGAGGCAGCUUAAGUGGAUAAAUCAUCGGUUUUUGAGCAAUUUGCGUAGAGAGGUCCCCCCGAUCUACGCCCUGGACACAACCGACGUCAGCCGAUGGAAGGAAACCGUCUCAGUGCCAGCUCAGCAAGUGAUCGAAACAAUCCUUGCCGGUGAGAAACCAAGCCUAGAACCGCUGCCGAAAUUGACCAGUCCACAUGAAGGUCUGAACGAGGAAACAUCCUUCCAUUGUGCGAUCUGCCAGCGAACCAUAGUAGGCGAGUAUCAGUGGCAGCUGCAUCAACGUUCGAACAAGCACAAAAGGUGCCUCCAGAGUCGGCACAAGGCGGCCCGAGCUGGUAAAUCGAUGCCGACCACCGAGCAAGGGUAAGGCUGAUUAUUUCUUGUUGACUAAUAAAAUUUAGUAGGGUUGACGAUGUAGCUAUCGAGAAUUUUA